AUGUGGCCAUCAGGGCCGGAUGUGUUCUGCGACUUCAACGGCAAGAAGUACAGCCCAGGCGAGAGCUGGCACCCCUACCUGGAGCCGCAGGGACUGAUGUAUUGCAUCCGCUGCAGCUGCUCUGAGAACACUAACAUCAGGUGCUACCGGAUCCAGUGCCCAGCUCUGCAGUGUGCCAGCCCCGUCACGGACCCCCAGCAAUGCUGCCCACGCUGCCUUGAGCCAAAUUCCCCUUCUGGACUCCGGGCGCCCAUCAAGUCCUGCCAGUACAAUGGGACGACCUACCAGCAAGGCGAGAUGUUCACCACCAGCGAGCUCUUUCCCAGCCGCCAGCCCAACCAGUGUGUGCAGUGCAGCUGCUCCGAAGGCCAAAUUUACUGCGGCUUGGUGACCUGCCCAGAGCUGUUGUGCUCCUCUCCCCUAACGGUGCCGGAUUCCUGCNNNNUUUGCCUUGCAGAUGGCUCAUACGAGAAGUCCACGGAAGAGGAGCCCCUGCAGUUAAACAGAGGUGUUAGACACUCACAAGACCAGUGCUUGGAGGAAGCGAUGGGCAGGAAGACACCCGGAGCCACUGCAUCCACUGUUCUCAGUUCCUCCCUGGAGUUCAUUCCCAGGAGCUUCAAACCCAAGGGAGGAGGUGGUACCACCGUGAAGAUUGUCUUGAAAGAGAAGCACAAGAAAGCUUGUGUUUACAAUGGGAAGACCUACUCCCACGGGGAAGUGUGGCACCCCGUCUUCCGGCUCUACGGCCUCCUGCCCUGCAUCCUCUGCACUUGCAGGGACGGUGUCCAGGACUGCCAGAAGAUUACGUGCCCCAAGGAAUAUCCGUGUGACGAUCCAGAGAAAGUAGAUGGGAAAUGCUGUAAAAUAUGUCCAGAAACCAGAGUCAAACCCACUGAUGAAAUAGCCACCACCCGGUGUGGCAAGAACCCCAACCGCGUCCUGGUGUACAUGUUUGUGCCGCCGAGCUCGGACACCUCCAAGGAGAUCCUCAGGACGAUCGCGAUUGAGAAGGAGCCUGCGGAAGAGGUGGAAAUCUACAACUGGAAGCUGAUAAAAGGGAUAUUUCAUCUAAUCCAGACCAAGAAGAUCAGCAAACAGGAAUUCAAGCAAGAAGCACAGAACUUCAGGCUGAUCACCAGGACGAAUGAAG